AUGGACCAGAUAUCGACUGAAUACACAUCAAUUCGGCACGGCCCAAUCUGGUACGUUGACUUUCUAUCACACUCAUCACCACUGACGUUUAAAGAGUUUGAAGUAGUCCGGAUCCCCCGUAACUUCUUCAAGAUAGCAAGAAUAUUUACAAUACUCUGGACUGAACCUGACGGAACUACUGGGCAACCUUACACCAAGCCUGCUAGAUUCGUAGUGGUAAAAGCCAUGCCUACGUUCUCUGUCUGCCUACGUAUCAGCACCUACUCUGGACAAGCGACUUUGAAGCCUGGCGUUAUUGCACAUCAACACGCACCAGUGAUCCGCCAGGGCGACCAACCAGCUUUAUUCUGGGAUGAGUUUGAUCGCAAUCUCAAAGAGCCCAUCGAGAUCAAGGUCGAAAAUGAAGAAUUCAUCAACGUCAGCCCGGCGUCUCGCAUCAACUUUGCAAAACCAUACACUAUAGAGCACAACGUCAGAGUAAAGAAUAUCGGCAGAGUUGUUGGAGAAUCCACAUCAGAAACUGUGUUUGUCAUUCGAAAAGCAGAGGAAGUGGAGCGUAUCGUGUUAUCGUACAGGAACAAUUUUAGCAUUCUCGCUUCAUAUCUUACUAUGGUCAAUACUGGUCAGAAGAUAAUUCACCCAGGAACGAGCAUGCGCCCAAAGCUUGAGACGCCAGAAGGAUGUCUGCAUCAAACUACGUCUGUGUUGCGCGCACUCAGCAUUGAGUUUGACUUGCACUUCACCCAGAUGCGAAAUCUUCAGCGUGGUCAUGAUCUGCAUGUGCAUGUCUCCACUAUAUUGAACACAGCAAUGCAGUAUCCAGUACACGAUUCUACGUUUCCAGACACCGCAGCCUUAGCUAUCCGCUUCUGCAUGUUUCUCCUCACCACCGGACGAUACUCGCGCGUCUUGGAGUUCCUUGAUGCGUUCAAGACCUGGUCCAAUGCUCUGCUGUCCGCCCACUUUGAAGCAGGGACGGCCAUGAGCGGUAAAGAAGCUGUCGCACAGGCGUUGCACGGCAGUAUCUACUCAGCUUUACGGAUGUUCCACAACCUGUAUCAUUCUCGAACAAAAGCUCCCGAUAGAUCAUCGAUAUCUAUACUGCACAGCGUCAAUGGGUUGGGACUCAUGUAUCACGCUGUGGGCGAUAAUCGCGCCGCAUUAUAUCACCACCAGAGAGCGCUUCGUUCGAAAAGUGAGCUUCUAGGUCCUAGUGACCCCGAUACGCUGGUCAGUACAAACAAUCUCGGAAUUGUUCUUCUUAGUCAAGGAAAGCAUGAAACGGCAAGGAGCUUAUUUGAUAGAUCACUGAAAGGCUGGCUUCAAGCUUACGGUGCCGAUGAUCUUUUCGUCAUUGCGGCAAGGAGCAAUAUUGGCAUUGCGCUUCAUUUCCAGGGCAAGCUGGACGAGGCUGAGCACAGUCACCGCUACGUGUACAAAAAGCGCCACCUCAUCUUGGGCCCACACCACCACGAAACGGCCAAGAGCCAAGCAAAUCUUGCCAUCACUCUCAAUGAAAAGGGUCAUCAUGCGCAAGCCGAAAUACUGUAUCGUGAAGCUCUCACUAGUUUCCAGAACAAGCUCGGGCAAUCGCAUCCAGACACCUUGAAAACGCAUACCAAUCUGGCCACUGCCCUUCAUGAUCAAGGCAAAUUCAGGGAGGCGGACUCUGUUGUUGCUUCAGCACUUCCACUCAUCCAAAAGAAGUUUGGUUCGAUGCAUGCCGAAACCUUGGAAGCGUUAGAAUUCCAUGCCAUCCUCUUACAGCACCUGGGGAAGUUUUCCAAAGCGCUAGGAAUCGCUACAGAACUGUACGAGGCGCGCAAGUCGUAUUUGGGGUACGAUCACAGUGACACGCAAAGAACACUGCAGCAUUUGAGAGACUUGGCGGAAGAUGUGGAAGAAGCGCGCGUCAUGCGUAUAUUUCCUUCAGUCAUGCCUAUCGCUGUUUGCUAG